CUUGAUUAUCGUGAUUGUUGUUCGGUGGAAGGUGUGAUUUUGGUUUUGCAGUUUGUUCGUGCAAUGGAAACCACUGCCAGUGCCAGCUGAUAGUGGUCCUCGCCAUUCUUCAGAAUGUCAUUGCCAACUUCCUACCUUCCCUUCUUUCAGUUAAUGUACAAACAGGUCCUCUCUAUUCAUCUUUAUCUUUUCCGGAUCAUAUUUCUUUCGAGUACCCGUAGGAAGUACCCAACAAGUAGAAGCUGCAUACACCACUUGUUUCUCAUCACACUAGUACAUCACCUGUUGUACUAUCCAGCUCUAGUGCAGCCGUGUCACUACGACUUGGGCAUGAGCGAGAAGAACAGAUCAGCAUCCUAGUUCGAUUUAGACGGAGGUGUUAAGACAGAGCUAAGUUCUCUGUAUCCUUCCUGCCCGUCAUGUCUGCCUCGUCUUCCUCAUCAUCUUCAUCUUCCACCACCCAGGCGCCGUCUACUUUUGUGAGCCCGCCACUACCAACAUCUUCAUCUAACAUCUCAAAUGCAACCUCCUGGGACAAAUCUUCACCGACGAACAGGAAAAUGAUGAUUAGCAUCCAGAAAAGCAGGACGACGCAGGAAGUUCUCUCAGGGGAAAAAAAUGUUCACCAACAUUCAUGCGCAGUGAGCAUCACUCUUCCAACCCCCUCCCUGUUCUUGAAGCAGUCCAUUUCUGUGAAAACUUUGAAGCAGCGCAUUGCGGCAGCAUUGCAAGAGCAGAAGCUGCACGCAUCAGUUACCGGCCGGCCAGUGCAGUGGGAGCAGGUGCAAAUUGUGACAAAAAAUGGAGGCGUUGGUGGAGAUGAAACAGAAACCACUCUACCCGACAGUCACGAGAUUCCUUUGGAUGGAGUAGAUGACACGAGCACGACGUCAUCCUCGCAUCAGCAAACCACUAUUCUUCCAAACGACCUCGAAUUUUCCAUCAAAACCUUCGAGCCCUUCGACUCCAAGCGAACCCUCCACAAGGCGCUGAUGGUCGUCUGCAGCGAAUACUACCACACGAAAUGCGACGAAGAAUUGGGCACCAAUUUUCGGUUUUUCUACCGCGGUUUAGGCUUUGACGAAGAGCUCCAGAACAAAACCAAAGCCAGUCUUGACGAGGAGCGGAAAAGAGAGUUCGACACACAGUGUUUCGACGUGCCGUCCGAUUUUGACCCAAGCGACGGCACCGAGCCGACCGAGCAUAUCAUUGCGCACGUGAAGGAAAUGACGCCCGCGGAGGAAAUCCACAGUCGCUACGGACCGCUGCGUAUCUGGGACUGCUCCAAAAUCGAGGAUUUGUCGUGUCUCUUCGUCCACUUUUCCGGCACGGCGGACCCGGGUUUGCGCGAAGGGCGGCCCGAGGGGCUUUUGAGUUUUAACCGCGACAUCUCCGGGUGGGACGUCAGCGGCUGCCGGGACUUCGAGGGCAUGUUCGGGGGCUGCGAAGAUUUCGACCAGGAAUUGAACAGCUGGGAUGUGUCGAAGGCAGAGAACUUAGCGGGGAUGUUUUCCGGGUGUCGGGAUUUCAACCACCCAUUGGACAAAUGGAACACGGAAAACGUGAUAUCCUGUGCAAAAGUAUCGUACUCGUAUUGCAAUCAUGCAUUACAAAUCUUGUUCUUAAGGUAAAUCAGCAUUACAAAUUUUAUUGCUCAUGCUGUGGAAAUUUGCAAUGCAUUUGUACGAGUACGAUACUUUUGCAAUGCAUACGUGAAGGACAUGAGCGAUCUGUUCCGUGACUGCGAUAGCUUCAACCAACCGCUUGACACCUGGAACACGGGGAAAGUUUCCACUACGGAGCGGAUGUUUGUGAACUGCAAAGUGUUUAACCAACCACUGGAUAUGUGGAAUGUGGAGAACGUGACCUCUGUGCGGCACAUGUUCACUAAUUGUGAUGCUUUUGGCCAUAUGAACUGCAAAAGUAUCGUACUCGUAUAAAUGCAUACACAAAUUUCCCCAGCGUGAGAAAUAAAAUCUGUAAUGCGGAUUUACCUUAGGAAAAAAAUUUGCAAUGCAAGACUUGCAAAUACGAUACUUUUGCACAGGAUAGGCCAGGAUUUGAACGCUUGGAGUUUGUCGAAGGUGAAAGGACGGGACUUGGGAGAGAAAAUGCGUGAUAUGUUUGCGGAAAUAACAGACCCCGAGGACUUCGAAGAGGCUUUGGAAGUAGGGGAGGACAACAACAACAUCGCCGUGAUUACUAGAGGCAAAGGGGGUGGUAAAGGGAAAGGUAAGCUAACGAGUUCUUGUAGGCCAAAAAGCAAGCGCAAAGCGGCGAAAAUUGUAGUUCGGGAAGAGCGGAUAAAAAGCAUGCGCCCGGAGUUUCUCUCGUCGUGGCCGAAGCGCCUGCAGCUGUACCUGCCGAAAAAGCUGCAGACUUUGAAAUCAACGUCUCAGGGAAAGAUGAAGAACAUUUCUCGAGGACGCGGAAAAUCUUCUACUCCCACGAGAACCAGCACGGCGAGCUCGAGAAGCAGCACCAGUAGCAGCAGCAGCUCUUCUGCUACAAGAGUGUCAAUGAAGAAGGCUGGUCCACUUGUGAGAAAGAGCAGUAGUAAGUCAAAGGCGACGAUGAAAAUGAAGAUGAAGGCGAAUUCUGCAGCGUCUCCGAAAAUGAAGAAAAAGACUGCCGCGCUUGCGAUGAAGAUGAAGACAGCUGGUGCUGACAGAAGCUCGAAAAUGAAAAAGGGAAAGUAGUUGUCGACGGAGACUGAAACGCUAAUGUAAGGGAGAAUAGCGACACACAUAGUUUCAUCUAUUGAACGCUUCAGCAUCAGCUAGUGUCCAAUUCUGUCAUACUAAACAAAACAAGGCGAUGAAAUUAAAAGCAGUAGAACACGACGGACGAGCCAUUAGGCUCUCGCAGUGGCAUAUUUUCCACCUUCGGCAUCCGUUGUCUAGUUUACAUUUGGUUGUCGACAACGCGAAGAACGCCACACUAUUUCCUGUGCGACGUCCUAGUUGUCGUGUGGUUGGAAUUGGAUCGAUAGCUUGAGCUUGAUUGGAAUUUUACCCAAGAAGUGUAAAAUUUGUUUUUUUGAGGGCACAUAGGUCCUUGCCACUUCUCACGGCGGUGCCUGGUGCGUCUGUUAUUUUUUCCGCCCUGCAGUUGCAGUUCUUCUUCUUCUUGAUGGGCUCGUGCAGAAACCAAAAAA